AUAGAUCAUCUCUACAGAUCGUUGAACUGGGGCUCCUGAUGCUGGACAGCAAUUCUGGUCCACACUAUACAUUCGUCGACCCUAGUUGGAGCGACCACUGCGAUGUGAUGGUCGCGCAGGCAUUGAGGUUGCUGACCAUCUUUGAGAAGCGGGGGGCUGAUCGCGACAGAGUUAUCAUCUCGAUACCUGCCACCGAUGCUGGCAUCCAGGCCGCAAGGCAGCUGGAACAAGACCACUUGGUUCCAACCAGGUUGCUGCUUGUGUCGACAGCAUCACAAGCAGUAACCUGUGUGGAAGCCGGAGUGUGCUCGCUCAACGUGAGCUAUGAAGCACUGGCACAGACCUGCGCCUCGGCAUACAGGGGCAAGCUCAUGUGCAAUGCCACGCAGCUGAUCCAGGGCAUCAUCAACCUCAAAAGGGAGCACAGAUCCGAGAUGAGGGUAUACGUAACAGAUCUCACAAAUAUGGAAGUCCUGCAUCUCCUUCAUGGCAUUGACGGGAUCACUCUGAGGCAAGAUCUCUCUGAGCAAGCGCAACGCCAAUCUGUGAUCAUUUCGCACACACCAAGCACGGACAAUGCAAGCGGUGUAACAAGCAGCCUCCCUGCAAGAAACUCCAUUCUUGAGAGAGAAAUCACGAACCGCACACUAGACGUUGGCCUUCGGCAGAUGAUCCAGCACCUGAACAUAGUCAAGAAGCAGUUAGGCUGUCUGCUAUUCAGGAGGCAUAGAAUGGCUCGCUCCACGCACUACCAAUUCAGGAUGCAGCACAGCGACGACUUCAUAGGCGAUGUCGAUAUGGAAAUCAGCUUCCAGCUGGAAUUACGCUUCAACGGCCUCGCCUUCGCUGCGGCGCGAUCGGAUGCUAGGAUCCAGCAUAAAGGAUUUAGUGAAGCUGUCUAUCAACGAUAUGGUGUCGAAGGACACCGCAUCGGUGAGGUGGUGGAAGCGAAGUAUGCCAGUCUGGUCCGCGAGGUCGAAAACAAGCCUGACUCGGAAACUCAAUACCCGGAUGAUGUAGCCGUGUCUUUGGAGCCGACGGAGCCCGCAUCAGAUCGAGAGUGAAGGUGUCGAUAUAUGCGAUGACGGAUUUAGGGCGGGACACGGCCGCAGCUGGGACGGGGAGGCGGCGUAGUAUAUCACGAGCCAAAAUGACGGAUUAUCAAAUGAAUAGA